ACAUGCAAGAUGGCCACGCAUCACAGGCAAAAUGCUGCUGGGCGGAGAAAAGUACAGGUGUCGUAUGUCAUUAGAGAUGAGGUGGAGAAGUACAAUCGCAAUGGGGUGAACGCACUCCAGCUGGACCCAGCGCUGAACCGGCUCUUCACCGCUGGAAGGGACUCUAUCAUCCGGAUAUGGAGUGUCUACCAGCACAAACAGGACCCGUACAUCGCCUCAAUGGAGCAUCAUACAGACUGGGUUAAUGACAUAGUUCUCUGCUGCAAUGGAAAAACAUUGAUAUCUGCCUCCUCGGAUACAACAGUGAAAGUAUGGAAUGCGCACAAAGGCUUCUGCAUGUCGACGUUACGAACACACAAAGACUACGUGAAAGCUUUGGCCUACGCUAAGGACAAGGAACUGGUGGCAUCUGCAGGUCUGGACCGGCAGAUCUUUCUUUGGGAUGUGAACACACUAACGGCACUCACUGCUUCCAACAAUACUGUCACCACUUCGUCACUUAGUGGGAACAAGGACUCUAUCUACAGUCUGGCAAUGAACCAGAUGGGCACAGUUAUUGUAUCUGGAUCCACAGAAAAGGUUCUCAGAGUGUGGGAUCCACGAACAUGCGCAAAACUGAUGAAACUGAAAGGCCACACAGACAACGUUAAGUCGUUGUUGUUGAAUCGAGAUGGCACUCAGUGCCUGUCGGGCAGUUCAGACGGGACCAUCCGCUUGUGGUCCCUCGGCCAACAAAGGUGCAUCGCCACCUACAGGGUGCACGAUGAAGGGGUGUGGGCCCUGCAGGUCAACGAGGCCUUCACACACGUAUAUUCUGGAGGCAGGGACAAAAAGAUCUACUGCACUGACCUGCGUAACCCAGACAUCCGUGUGCUCAUCUGUGAGGAGAAAGCCCCGGUGCUCAAAAUGGAACUGGACAGAUCUGCUGACCCACCUCCAGCAAUCUGGGUCUCCACCACCAAGUCAUCCGUUAAUAAAUGGUCUCUAAAGGGAAUGCACAACUUCAGAUCAUCAGGGGAGUACGACAAUGACUGCAGCACCCCUCUGACACCACUGUGUACUCAACCGGAACAAGUCAUCAAGGGAGGUGCCAGUAUCAUACAGUGCCACAUUCUGAAUGACAAGAGACACAUACUAACCAAAGAUACCAACAACAAUGUGGCUUUCUGGGAUGUCCUGAAGGCUUGCAAGGGUGAAGAUUUGGGGAAAGUGGAGUUUGAUGAAGAGAUUAAAAAGCGCUUCAAGAUGGUCUACGUGCCAAAUUGGUUCUCUGUUGAUCUGAAAACUGGGAUGCUCACCAUUACACUGGACGAGAGCGACUGCUUCGCCGCCUGGGUGUCUGCAAAGGACGCCGGGUUUUCAAGCUCUGAUGGAUCUGACCCAAAGCUGAACCUGGGUGGACUUCUACUUCAGGCUCUGUUAGAGUUCUGGCCCAGAACUCGCAUCAACCCCAUGGACGAGGAAGAGAACGAGGUGAACCACGUGAAUGGAGAGCAGGAGAACAGGGUCCAGAAAGGAAACGGGUAUUUCCAGGUGCCGCCACACACGCCAGUCAUCUUCGGGGAAGCAGGAGGCAGAACUCUUUUUAGGUUGCUAUGUAGAGAUUCAGGAGGAGAGACUGAGUCGAUGCUGCUGAAUGAGACUGUUCCACAGUGGGUUAUUGAUAUAACUGUAGAUAAAAAUAUGCCCAAAUUCAACAAAAUCCCAUUCUACCUCCAGCCUCAUUCUUCCUCUGGUGCAAAAACUCUAAAGAAGGACCGCCUCUCGGCCAGUGACAUGCUGCAGGUGAGGAAGGUGAUGGAGCACGUUUACGAGAAGAUCAUCAACCUGGACAACGAGUCGCAGACCACAAGCUCCUCUGCCAACGACAAGCCCGGGGAGCAGGAGAAAGAGGAGGACAUGGCCAUGCUAGCCGAGGAGAAGAUCGAGCUAAUGUGUCAAGACCAGGUUCUGGAUCCCAACAUGGACCUGCGAACAGUUAAACAUUUUAUCUGGAAGAGCGGAGGGGACUUGACGCUUCAUUAUAGGCAGAAGUCCACGUGAAAGUCCUGAAUUUUUAAAAAGAAAACAGCAACCAAGAACUCUUCGUCAUUUGCCAAUCACCACUCACCUCUGACAUGUAGUACCCUUAAAAAAAAAACCCCAUUAUGUGGUCAAGAGUUGCAGUAUCCAAUGAGAAUCCAGAAAUGUUAGUGAGGAUGUGGGCUCGCGGUGCGUCAUAGGGAACUCCACCAGAACAAAGGGCCGGAGCAGCCAAGAGACACCUGGGAGAUGAGUCGUCUGUCUUCUUUUUGUUUGUUUGAAGUUGUUUUUUUUACAGUUGAAAGAAUGGACUCUUUUUUUUUUUUCACCACCACUCAACUUUUUUUUUUUUUUUUUUUUUUAAACAUCUCUGAUCGCUAGAUUUGUUUCUUUUCCUCCCGAUUUGGCUUUUUAAAAGAU